AUGAGCCUUGACAUCUGCCCAGGCGAAAAUGCCACUGAAUGCCUUCUAAGGGCGCUCCUCGCGGCCCAGCUUGCCACAAAAAAUGAAAUCAAUUGGGAUCCUAUUAGCCUGGGUUUCACCGCCAUUAUUGGUGUAUUGGCGCUCCUAUUCGCGAUCUUGACAGUAGUGCAGGGCGUUCUGGCCGCCGGCCCAAGAAGUCUAAAGGCCGACGUCCGUGGCUUUGAUAAGAAAACCUUUUACACCGAUUAUCUUCCCAGAGACCUUCUUGCCCCACCAGCAUACGCAGAGGUACUAUGCAUCUCAGUACUUGCACUACUCUCUGGUUGUACCACUCUAAACUUUGAUGAAAAGCGCUACCCUCACAUUGAGGGUCUAUAUACUCGACUAUACUUCCGUGACCAUGCUGAACUCGGAGAUGUCGCUGUAUUUCAACAUUUCCCCGAUAUUCAUGGAUGCCGAGAUGAAAAGGGUCCAGAUAUUUUGGCAGUUCAAAAGGCCUUCUGGUCAGCACAAGGAUAUCUUUCAUUCGACGACGUUUUAAUUAAAAAAUAUUUUUCUCAUGAUGCCAAUCCUGAUGCUUACUUGAGAAUUGGUGGAGAGAUUUCUGAUACUGAAACCGGAGCUAUUCUUCGAAGAAUGCGAACAGCCUUGCCUAGAAGCUUCACGGAUAAAGAUGACAAAGUAUAUGAAUCAGCUUUUGGCGGAGCUUGGGAGUAUGCUGGUAUCCUUCUCGGCUCAGUGGAUGUUUUGACGACACCUGCCUAUCCCACCAAAAAGAUUGGACUCGGAGAGAUUAUUAAAGAGCUUGGGAUGGAUCUGGGCAUUCUUCCAAUAGAAAAAAUAACGUCCGAAUUUUUAAACCCUCUCGCAGAAGAAUUUUCGAGGUACGGGUUCUCGAUCUAUGUAGUCGGGAGGCCAGAUUUCGCAGGUGAUAUAUCUUCCGACUCUCAAUUCAAGGUGAAAAUGCCCUGUAUCCCUUGGUUGCAGCAUGCUCGACGAUGUCGUGAGCACCUAGGUCCGGAAUUUGAGACCAAAUUCGCAGAACCCCCAUUUUAUGACCCAUAUAACCGGCCGCCGGGGCACCAUACCAUUGUCCUCGACUUCAUAGAGGCUAGAAAUUUGAUCAAAUGGAUUCAAGCCUUUGAGGGACCCAAUCAGCCAACUCGUUCUACAAGUCCCAGUGAGGUUUCUCCCUCAGGAGUUAUGUUAUCUAUGCUAGAUCAUUUUCUUGGGAGCUGUGCUCCCUUCAUCACCUUACAGGCGUACUGGGAUAUUCUCGCUACUAAAGUUUUGGCUGAGCAAAGACCACUACCAAAGGGCGUGUCAGUUGCUCACUUAGAGCUCCUCCAGGGACCACGACGAGAGAUAAAACAAUUGGUCUUCGUAAAAAGAUUACUUUGGCUCAGAGCGGUUUGCUUAGCUGGGUUCCUCCAGACCUUGCCUGAUACUACUCUCUUGGUCGAUACAGAUUUGGGGAGGAGACUGGUACCGGUGCUCUGA